CAGAAAGCAAAUUUGAUGGGCAUCAGUAAAAGUUUAGUCACUUAAGGCCACUGAUGAGGAGGGCUAGUAUCUCCUCCUCUUCUUCUUCCUCUUACACAUUUUACACAGUCUGCAUUUCACAUUUCACAAUAUUUUGGAACCCCAUAAGCGCGUGCACUGAUACAGUUUCCGACUUUUCCAGAUCCCCCACGCUGGGUUUCCCAAUAUUGGCCAGUUCGGUUCGUGUUAUGAGAAAUCCUUUUUGUUGCUGCAUAGCCUUAAGGCACCGCAUGAUUUCCAGCAGCCAGAGAGAGAGACAAUCGUGUGAACUGCUCCCACUUGAAGAUGGCGGUUGUGAUGCUGUCUGGGACUGGAGCACAGUGCUGGAUCUGCAUAGGACGCUAACUUGAUGGAUAUAAAGACAAUGUUCAGUUUUUAUUUUCUCUGUCUUCUGGACUGGACUCUUUUGGGAUUGUGUUAUUAGGGCAUAGGCACACUUUCAACACCGGCUGAAAGUGGACUGGUCUUUUCGGGGACGGGGAGAGCCAGACGGAUAGCCAUAGCUUGCUAGCUAACACAUUGAUGGUAGUCCAGGCUGGGAGGAAAGUGGAUGAAAAUGUCGGAUACCAAGGUAAAAGUUGCAGUCAGAGUCCGACCCAUGAACCGGAGAGAAACGGAACUGCAUACAAAAUGUGUGGUGGAUAUGGAGGAUAACCAAACUGUUCUGCAUCCACCGCCUUCCAACAAUAAAGGAGAAAACAGCAGGAAACAAUCCAAGGUGUUUGCCUUUGACCACUGUUUCUGGUCCAUGGAUGAGUCCAACAUGCCCAAGUAUGCUGGUAAGUCACAGACAACAGGUUCAGGCUUAGCUGAACUAAGCCUGCCCAAAUGGCACCCUACUCCUUAUAUAGUGACCCCUAUUGGCCCUGGCCAAAAGAAGUGCACUGUAUUGGGAAUAGGGUGCCAUUUGGGAUGCAACCACUGACUGUUGAGGUUGACAGAGAUAAUCUCUCUAUCAUCACUAAAGAACACUAAACACAGCCAUCUCAUCUCAUCACUAUUUAAAGCCUGUCAGGUGAGGUGAGUCUAGGAAUACAGGAGGGAGAGAGAGGGUGAG